AGGAAACAAAAUAAAAUACGAAACCUCUCGACAGUCAUCUAAAGUUAAUAUAAGAACUAGAUCCAAAUUAAAUUCUAAAUCAAGACCCAGCAAAACGCAAAACCAGAAUCCCUUGUACAAGUAAAAAGACAACAAAAGCUGAAUCAAAAACCCGUACCUAUUGAAACACACAGCUCUUAGGAUUGUCGUUCCAUUCAAUGGCUCAUCAUCAUCACGCCUUGAAUUGUAGUGUACCUUAUGAUGCUCAUAAAGAGGCCGUGAAGAGAUUGGCAUUUAUUGAAUUAAACAUGGUAUUGAUGGCUUCGGGAGCAGUCGCUCUUGUUGUCUUUGGAUCAUGCAGGCGCUACUGCAGUAACAUGGUGUUUGAUAAAAUACAAUGGAUGAACUACUUUCUGGUGACCAACGUUGUGUUCACCCUCACAGUCGGCCAGAUGGUGGGUGCUCCGUUCCGGAAUGUGCUCUUUGCUGUGUGGGGUGCGAUUCUUCUCAACACUGCCGGGGGUGCCGAUUCCUUUUCUUCGUAUAGUCCUACCGAUAAUGAACAAUGGAAGAGCGUCACUGCACAAGCAUUGCUUCGAUCUAUUUUGGUGUCAACCCUUCUUGGUUACGCUCUUACAACGGAGUAUGGUAAGACUAUUCUUGUUAUCUCUUUCCUUUUAUCAGCUAAAAGGAUAGACGAAAGAGCAGUAGCUUUGAAGAUGGCCACUAAAUCUUCCUUAGCCCAGACCACCAAAAAUAUUGCGGAUUUCAUGGCCGGGGAGCAUAAAAUCCUCGUCAGAGGUGAAACAGAUCCAACCCAAAUGAAGGGUUAUAAUUAUUUGGUCUCAGGAGAUACUAAGUGGACUGCCUCCCCGCCAAAUUAUUUAUAUCAGCUGGAGGUUACGGAUACCCAAGUCGUUACCCUCCAGAAGAUCUGGCAGUGCAACGGGAGUCUUUUAACUGGUGAAAGCGGCCAACGGCUCAAGGACAUCUGCCUCUCGUUUGCCUUGUUCAGACUCCUUUGUCGAAGAUUCGGAGGGCAUCCCUUCUUGGAGUCCAGCAAAGAUAAAAGUAAAACAUGGAGGCUUGUUCGACAUGGUCUACUUUCCGAACAAGGGGACUAUAAAAGAGCUUUCAGGGUGAUCGAGGUAGAACUCAGUUUCCUUUUUGAUCUUUUCUACACCAAAUACGCAGUCAUCUUCAAAAAUGGGCAAGGAUUGCAAAAGCUGAAGAUCUUCUAUGCUGUCUUUUUACUCUCUGGCUGCUGUGUGCUGGGCCUAUUAAUAUUAAACCUGGACACUACUUAUCGCACUACCUGCGAAGAGGUCACUCUAGUUGCAGCUAAACAACUUAGCGUGGACAAGGUAGUUACAACUAUCAUCUUAGGUUUACUUUUCUUAAUGGAGAUUGUGCAGCUUCUCCUCCUCGUUGUAUCGAAUUGGGCCACUGUGCUUUGGAUCUGCAACCAUGUGAGGGGAAUUUCAUUGCCUACCUACCUUAUGUUUUGGCCAAAGAUUAUCAUGUUCUGUCAGGAACGGUUCAAACCUUGGGAGAGAAAACUUGGUCAAUACUUUCUACUGAAGUCCUUCAAUCGGAACCCUUGGAGACUUAAAUUUGAGUGUUUGUUGAUGUUUCUUUUCAGUGGCAUAAUAGAUAUUCCAAGAGCAGGUCAAAAAGGAAAAUAUCGAAUCAAAUUGCCCGAGGAGGUAAAGAAAGCAGUGAUGAAUAGUCUCAGAAGGAAUGAUGAACCUCUCGAACUAAGUAAUAUUGGAGCAGAAUCUUUGCACCGAAAUGGAGUUUGGAAUAAUCAGCAGCUUUCUUCGGCAUGUACAUUGGAGACUCCCACCCAUGUGAUCUUGGUGUGGCAUGUGGCUACUAGUCUCUGUAUGUUUGAUGAAUCAACGAGGAGUCCAGCAAAUUCAAUCAAAAACCCUUCAUCUGAUGAUUUCAAAAUAGCCUGCGCCCUUUCUGGCUAUUGUUCCUAUCUGGUUGCUUUUGCUCCAAGGUUGAUAUGUGUUAAUCCUAUUGUUUGUGAGUUUAUAUUCGAUAAAGUAAUCGAGGAAGCAAGACGAAUUCUCAAGGACUGCAAUUCAGAGAGCGAAAUGUAUGAAAAGAUUAGGAGUAGUAUUGGCGAAGAUGAAACCAUCAUUUAUAAGGGUGCAAUGCUUGCCCAGGAACUGCUACUUUUAACAAAUAUUGGGAAAGAUAAGUGGAAGGUGUUGGCCGAUUUCUGGACAGAGCUGGUGUUAUUUCUGGCUCCUUCUGGGGAUCCAAUGGCCCAUGUGGAACACCUCGCUAAAGGUGGAGAGUUUGUGACCCACUUGUGGGCUUUGCUCUCACAUGCAGGGAUUCUCAAUCAAUGCCCAACUUCGCGUGAUGUUUAAAGCUGCUUAGGAGGAUUUGCCGAUUUGGUGACACGAGACUCUUCCCCUCCUGGGCCCUUCCAGCGCUGUGAAGGUUCCUGCCACCUUUUGUGUCCCUCUUUGUACUAUCAUUAUGAUGAUUGUUUGGUUAUAAGGGCUGAUUGUGUGGAAGGUUUGGUUUGUGUUGUAUGUGUGAUGUGUGUUGUAAAUUGAGAGGUGUGUGCUAAGAAAUAAAAGGUUUGAUGCAACAGUUGGGGGCGUACGCCUUUCUUUGCCUGCAAAAUCAAGUCUUUCUAGGGGAUUAAGAACAAGGGUUGAAACGAAGAAGGAAGAUUUCUCGCCUAGAAGAGAGCUUGAGCGUUGCAGCAGGAGCCCAUCGGGAAUUUGGAAGGCUUUGGAGCGUAACAAUCCGAUAAUGGAAAAGGCGUUUGGUCUUCGUAGUCUGAAGGGUAGGAUAGGAAAGAGAUUAAUGUUAAAUUUUACAAUUUUCACCCGCUGUAUACUUAACAGUGUUAUAAAGUAAACCCAAUUUA